AUGACUCCCAUCAACAGCAACUUGGUUCUUCUUCUGUUAGUGAUUUCAGCUCUUAUGGUCAUCAGUACAACAACAUUAGUAUCUGCAAGGGAAGUGCCAACAGCGAUUCGUUACCCAGGUCACAACUUAGCAGCUCGGAUCAAUGCGGAUGACGGUGGUGCUGGCAUGGUUGAGUGCUGGAAAGCACUCUACGAGUUAAGAUCUUGCACUAACGAAAUCAUACUUUUCUUCAUGGAUGGCGAGAUGUAUCUAGGUCUUGAAUGUUGUAGAGCUAUCCGUAUCAUAACUCAUGACUGUUGGCCUUCUAUGCUUACUUCCGUAGGUUUUACAAACAAAACUAGAUAUUCUAGGUAA